GUGGCCGCCGAGCCGUGGCGAGAGCGAGAUGGCGGCUUCUACUCUGGCGAAGAACGCGGUGUCCGCCUGGACCCGACGGCGCUUCUUGGGCCGAGUGUGGCAGCCGCGCCGAGGAAGCGCUAUAGUCCCCGUGGACGAUACGGUGAAUGGGCUGAACGAGCAGCAACAGCAGCUCAGGCAGACUUUGAUCAAAUUCUGUCAGGAGCACUUGGCUCCAAAGGCCCAAGAAAUUGAUCAGCAGAAUGAAUUCAAAGGUAUGAGGGAGUUCUGGAAGAAGCUGGGGGACCUAGGUGUUCUGGGAAUAACUGCUCCAGCUGAAUAUGGUGGAUCUGCAAUGGGAUAUCUGGAUCAUGUAUUGGUGGUGGAAGAAAUGUCUCGAGUUUCAGCAGCUGUUGCACUAAGCUAUGGUGCUCACUCCAAUCUUUGUAUUAAUCAGUUAGUGAGGAAUGCUAGUGAAGCCCAGAAAGAGAAAUAUCUCCCCAAGCUGAUCAGUGGAGAGCAUAUUGGAGCACUAGCAAUGAGUGAAGCCAAUGCAGGUUCGGAUGUUGUCUCCAUGAAGCUGAGGGCAGAAAGAAAAGGGGAUCAUUUUGUUUUGAAUGGGAACAAAUUUUGGAUUACCAAUGGGCCAGAUGCUGAUGUUCUCAUUGUUUAUGCUAAAACAGAUCCAAAUACUGUCCCAGCUUCUCAGGGAAUAACAGCAUUCAUUGUGGAGAAGGGUAUGCCUGGUUUCAGCACUGCACAAAAGCUUGAUAAACUUGGAAUGAGAGGAUCAAAUACCUGUGAAUUAAUCUUUGAGGAUUGCAAGGUUCCUGCUGAAAACAUCUUGGGACAAGUGAGUAAAGGAGUCUAUGUAUUGAUGAGUGGCUUGGAUCUGGAGAGACUCGUAUUGUCUGGUGGGCCACUGGGGAUCAUGCAGGCUGUCCUAGACCAUGCUUUACCAUAUUUACAUGAGAGAGAAGCUUUUGGGCAGAAAAUUGGCCAUUUCCAGCUCAUGCAAGGUAAAAUGGCUGAUAUGUACACACGGCUGAUGGCAUGUCGGCAGUAUGUGUACAAUGUGGCAAAGGCUUGUGAUCGAGGACACUUCAAUGCAAAGGACUGUGCUGGAGUAAUUCUGUACUCUGCAGAGUGUGCUACUCAAGUCGCCUUGGAUGGAAUCCAGUGUCUGGGUGGAAAUGGCUACAUCAAUGACUACCCCAUGGGUCGCUUUCUGCGUGAUGCCAAACUGUAUGAAAUAGGGGCAGGAACCAGUGAGGUGCGGAGAAUAAUCAUUGGGCGGGCAUUUAAUGCUGUCUUUAAGUAACACUGAUAUUCAAGAAGAACUGCUCUUCAAGCAAAGAGGCCUUUUAUAUUUCCAAGACUGUAAAGCGCACAAGUAUCUUUCUCCGCUUGAGAACCAGAAUGACCAGCACCACUUGACACCCAAGCUUUUCUUAGUGCAAAUGCUCGAUUGGUCUGAGAACAUGUGAUUGUGUUACCACUACAGUGAAAAAAAAAAUAGGUAUUACAAGUGAAAUAUAUUAAUACCUGCCAAUCAUGUCUCUUUCUAGAGAAAUUAAAUUCUGUCUAUUCUAAAAUAUUACCUGUUUGAGAAUCACUGAAACUGAUUUUUUUUUUUAUUUUAACAUGUUGCUGUUAACUGAUGGGAUUUGGCAACAUUGCAUCACUCCUGCAGAAUACUAGCUGACUUUGCAGGGAUUUUUCUUGGAAUUGGACAGGGGAUCUUAGCUACAGAAGAAAUAUUAAAGGUGCUGUUGCUGUAGCAGGGUUGAAAUGUGAGAUACGUAUUUUUGUGCAUUCCUGUUCUCACUUGCUCCUUACUGAGGUGUAUUAGUACCACGUGAAGCCUCCAUUCAUUUGAUGGACUGCCACCUCGUGCUUGAUUCAUGCAAUGAUGUCACCAUCUAUCACUCUGGAGGCAGUUAGAAUGUCAAAACACUGCACUGUGCCAGCUAAGAGUGAAUCAGGAAGGAGGAGGUGGAGGAGGCAACUUGACUGGGAGAAUAUUAGAUCUUUUUAUAAAGCUUCCCUUUGGUGAAUGUAGUGGCAUAUAUACUUUACUGUACCUGGCGAGAAGAAAAGAACACAGCAAAUGAUGAUGAGUGACAGAUUUAAUAGCAGACGAUUAAAGAGACAGGUUUGUGUGUGGUAAACAGCAUGACGCAGUUUCCAAAGAUCUGAAGCUGAAGGAAAAUGGAAGUUUGAUAGAAAAACCUACAGAAGCGAACUUGAAAAAUCUAGGUUGAUCCAUCUGCUGUCCAUAUAAAAUAUGGAAAGAGAGACAAUAUAUUAGAAAUCAGCAACUUGCAGCAUAAAGACUUUGCUGAUUAAAGCCAGUUCAUGAAUUACCCCAAAAGGGAUUAGUGUGGAACAGAAUGUAAGGAAGAUGCAAUAUGCUAUAUUAAGUAUGAAUUUCUGUAUUUGAAUAUGUACAGCACUUUGAGACUUUUUUGUAGUGGGAAAUGAUGCAUACAUUUUAUAAAAAAUAAUAAGUUAAAAUGCAUGGGCUUUAUAUAAAAUUAUUAUGUCUGGUUUACCAUGUCCUAGUCUUUCUCAUAGAAUGUAUUUAAUGAUCCAGCCAAAAGGGAAUCAGUGCCCAAAUUACAAAUAAAUUUGUUCACACCAA